AUGGGACAUUUAACUGCGGAAGACACAGAAUUCUUUAAAGAAAACGGUUAUCUGGUUAUGCGCGGUGCGCUGGAGCAGGAAGCGAUUGAUGCCGCGCUUGAUAGACUCUGGGAAGCACUUGACGAAGACAGGAACGACCCGGAAUCAUGGAUACGCAAAGGUUACCGCUCAGUGCCUGUUGGCAACGAAGAAGUUAUCAGCGGUACAACAUACAACAACCGAGUCUUUGCUAUGGCAGAGGAACUUGUCGGCAAGGACAAAUUGAAUACGAGCGGCGGCGCGGGACCGCAUAUCAAUUUUCCGGAUCCAGACAGGAAAUGGCGUGAACCGGGGGGACAUCUCGAUGGUUACCACACGCCUACGAACGGUGUGCCGAAAGGGGUCGUCGGUGCGUUCACGCUGGGUGCCACGGUUUAUCUCGACACAGUCGAAAAACGGGGUGGCGGAUUUACUGUCUGGCCAGGAAGUCAUCGGAUUUGGGCAGAAUACUUCAGACACCAUGACUUGGAUAGCCUUCCAGGGGGUGGCGCCCCGUUUGACUUGGGACCGAGUUAUGAGUUCACAGGUGGGGCAGGCGAUGUCUGCUUCUGGCAUCAUCAGAUGAGUCAUACCGCUGGUCCGAACUGUGGUCGCAACGUCCGAAUUGCAUGCAUUAGUAGGUACCGCCGAAAAGAUCUCGACCAGAUUAAGUUUGAAACGCCUGAUGACAUGUGGAAAUAUUGGGACGGGAUUUCAUAG